ACGCGCGGAAAAAAAUAUUUUCAUUGCACAAAAAGUAGAAAAUUAUAAAUUAAAUUGUGUGAAGAUAGAAAACACUUCAAUUGAAAUCGAUUCAUGAAAAAGUGAAUUUAAACAUUCAUUAAUAGUUAAAUCUUUUACAAAAAGAAAAUAAACCAGAAUGAAGUGUUCAAUCCCAGAAAUAUCUUGGCACAACAAAGAUCCUGUUUUAUCUGUUGAUUUUCAACCAAAAAGUGAUCAUACAGAUGCACUUUUAAGAUUAGCAAGUGGUGGUUCAGAUUCUCAUGUUCUAAUUUGGUACGUAAAUUACGACGAAAAUCUUGCGAAGAUAGAACUAGCGGCUGACUUAACAAGACAUCAACGUGCUGUGAAUUGCGUUCGUUGGUCACCAUCAGGAGAGUAUUUAGCAUCAUGUGAUGAUGAAAGUUUUGUGUUUAUUUGGCGAAUGAAGCCGGAAGCGGAAACUGCGACAAUAUUCGAUCGUGAUGAUGGAUCUCAAAGCGAUAAAGAAACUUGGUUAACGUACAAAACUCUUCGAGGACAUACAGAGGAUGUUUAUGACUUGAGUUGGUCCUACGACUCACAAUUUUUGAUUUCUGGUUCUGUCGACAAUUCUGCCGUCAUUUGGGAUGUUCACAAAGCUAAAUCAAUAACAAAGUUAGUUGAACACAAAGGAUUUGUUCAAGGUGUGGCUUGGGAUCCUCUCGAUAAAUUCAUUGCAACGUUAAGCACUGACAGAUAUUUGCGAUUCUUCGACACUCAAAGUAAGAAAAUUAUUCAGCGAAUCAACAAAUUGAUGUUGCCGGUUAAGCCAGAAAGUCCUUUUCAUCAGAAAACAAUUCGAAUGUUUCAUGACGAUACACUUCAAACGUUUUUUCGUCGAUUAUGCUUCAGUCCUGAUGGAAAUAUUAUCGUCGUUCCUGCAGGAAUUGCCGAAGUUGAAGGGUCGAAUAUGAAACCACUCAACACAACUUACAUCUUCACGAGAAAUAAUUUGAAAACGCCUUCAAUAAUUCUUCCAUCGCCGGACAAUUUCUCUGUUGCUAUUCGAUUCUGUCCACAACUGUUUAAAUUAAGGAAAAGUGAGUCAGAACCAAUAAUUCCAUUGCCUUAUCGAAUGAUCUUCGCAAUUGCAACAAAAUCUUCGCUUUAUUUCUACGACACGCAACAAAAACUUCCAUUUGCACUUAUCUCAAAUAUUCAUUACACUCGCUUAACUGACAUCACAUGGUCGAGUGAUGGAUGCACUUUAAUGGUGUCAAGUACUGACGGUUAUUGUUCGAUUGUUCAAUUUGCAAAAGGUGAAUUAGGCGAGAUUUACAGCGACGAGACAAUCAACGAGAUCAUCAACAGAAGUGUCGUCAAAAAUGAGUUGGAGAAGCAAAACAAGAAGAAAAGAAAGAGAAAAAGUAGAAAACAUUCAGCAUUGGAUAAAUCGAUUGUCAAUGAUGAUGCAAUGGAAGUUGAUGAAGUAUCUGAAAAUAUUUCAAUCUCAAAUUUACCAGAAUCGAUCAAAGAAAUCAUUCCGGUUGAUAAAAUCAUCAAAAGUAAUGAAAUUUUCUCUCCUGAAAAGCAAAUUGGAACGCCGGUGACGCCAAUUCAAGUGAGAAAGUUUCCAAGAACUGUUGAUGAUGCAAUGAAUGAGACUGAGAAGCUCACGCCAACUAAAGAUAAGUCAGAAGUGGAAGAAGUUAAGACACCGAAAUCAAACUUCUCAUUUAUGACGAACAAAAGUCCAAUGCCGAUAGAAAUUCGUCGUCAACCUCGCGUUGUGAAUCCAUCAACUACCCCAAAACCAACAAACAUUGAUGGCGAUGAGUGGCCAAAGCCAUUAUCGUCAGAAUCACCAAUGGAUAGAAAAAUUCCAACUCCGAUUGAGAACAAAACUCCGAAAACCCCAAGACGAAUCGAACUUAAAACAAUCAGCACACCAAAAUCAAAAAAGAAAAUCUUGUGAAUGUCGCCAAUCAAAUCUUUUAAAAAUUCUUCUAGCAAAUGUUGAGAUGAAGAAACUUUUUAGAAAUAAAUUUAAAUUAAAAAC